AACUGAAUUAUUAUUUUUUUCUUGCACUAUCUUUGUUUUUAGACAGUUAAAUUAUUAGUGUAUCUCAACACAGGCAUCUUCUCUGCUCGCACUACACAGACUUCACCACCAAUAUACUCCAAAAAUGGCUUUCCUAUGCAAGGGGAAAAUUUUGCCGAUUGCCCUAUUCUUUGUUUUGGCAAUGUGCGCUGACCAAGCUGCUUCCCGAGAGCUCCAUGAAUUAGAGAUGACUGGAAGGCAUGAGAAGUGGAUGGCAAAACAUGGAAAGGUUUAUAAGGAUGAUAAAGAGAAACUAAGACGGUUUCAGAUAUUCAAGAGUAAUGUUGUAUUCAUUGAAUCAUUCAAUACUGCUGGGAACAAAUCCUACGUGCUUGGCAUUAACAAAUUUGCAGACUUAACAAAUGAAGAGUUCAGGGCUUUCUGGAAUGGAUACAAGAGGCCUCUUGGAGCAUCAAGAAAAAUAACACCAUUUAAGUAUGAAAAUGUCACUGCUUUACCUUCUAGCAUAGACUGGAGAAGCAAAGGAGCUGUUACUCCCAUAAAGGAUCAAGGAGUAUGCGGAAGUUGUUGGGCUUUCUCAGCUGUGGCAGCAACUGAAGGGAUUCACAAGCUGAGAACUGGAAAAUUGGUAUCUCUAUCAGAACAAGAGCUUGUAGAUUGUGAUGUUAAAGGCCAAGAUAAAGGCUGUCAAGGCGGUCUAAUGGUAGAUGCUUUCAAAUUCAUUAAAAGGCACGGUGGAAUGACCAGUGAAGCUAAUUACCCUUACCAAGGAAGAGACGGAAAAUGUGACACCAAAAAGGAGGCUUCCCGCGCAGUGAAAAUCACCGGUUAUCAAGCUGUUCCAAAAAACAGCGAAGCGGCAUUACUGAAAGCAGUGGCUAACCAACCUGUUUCAGUCGCCAUCGAUGCUGGUUCAUUGUCCUUUCAAUUCUACCGAAGUGGCAUUUUCACAGGAAUAUGUGGAAAAGACAUAAACCAUGGCGUUGCAGCAGUGGGGUAUGGCAGGAGUAACUCUGGAUCAAAAUAUUGGAUUGUCAAGAAUUCAUGGGGCACUGAAUGGGGUGAGAAAGGAUACAUCAGGAUGAAGAGAGACGUAAGAUCGAAGGAAGGCCUUUGUGGUAUAGCCAUGGAAUGCUCCUAUCCAACUGCCCAAGUACAAGCAUCAUCAGAUUAGAAAUAGCUUUGUUUCUGCUUUCUCAAUUUUAUUAAAUCUUAAUGUUUUCUUUGGAUCAUGUACAUUUCAAUCUCAGAAAUUCUAGCAAUGGAAACUCUAGUAUUUUUGUGCUAA